CGUAAACUUCCCCUCUCCGACACAACAAUACAACAUGGCGGCGCCCUGGUUCAAUAUGAAGCCGACAACUCGCAGCCGACAAACUUUAGUUUUGCCAAUUUUGGCCUUUAUCCUGAUUAGUGUUUUACAUACAGUUGUAAGUCACGGCCAUGCACACGAUCAUGGGCAUGGCCAUAGCCACGAACACGCUCACAGUGACGAAGCGCCUUCGUUCAAGUACAGUCAAGCUGCGAACGAUCCGCCUGCUAAGGAACAAGCAAAGAAAGUUGUUCAUGAUCAUGGACACGGGCAUGCACACGACCAUGGACAUGCACACGCUCACCAUGGACACGCACACGAUCACGGACAUGCUCACGAGCACCACGGACAUGCUCAUGCCCAUGGACAUUCUCACAACAGUAAAGAUCAUGGAAGCGCAGGUUCCACAAAGUCAGCCUCCAAAGACUCGAGUAACCUGUGGAUCAAAGCCAUUCUUGCAACUGCAGGCAUCAGUGUAGCGCCAGUAUUCAUUCUCUUAUUUAUACCCCUUGAAAAUGCAGAUGAGCAUCAACAGCUCUUGAAGGUUUUACUUAGUUUUGCAUCUGGAGGACUUCUGGGAGAUGCAUUUUUACAUUUGAUUCCCCACGCUAUCUCUCCUCAUUCACAUGGAGGAGAUGAGGACGGGCAUCAGCAUGCUCAUUCACAUGACCAUGGUCAUUCUCACGGUGCCCACAGCCACGAUAUGAGUGUCGGCCUGUGGGUUUUAGGUGGUAUCAUUGCUUUUCUCAUGGUUGAAAAGUUUGUUCGUUUCAUCAAAGGUGAGCAAGGCCAUGGGCACGGACAUUCACAUGGUGCUGUGAAAAGCUCGUCAAGUACGUCAGAAGGAUCAAGUGAGAAGAAACCUAAAGCCGAAGGCAAAAAGAAAGGAAAGGCCAAAGAGAGUGAUGAUGAAGAUGACAAAAAUAAGGAGAAGGAAGCGGAUAAAUCAGACGCCAGCGAUCAGGUCGUUCCGGCUUCAGACAUCAAAGUGGCCGGGUACUUGAAUCUAGCCGCAGACUUCGCGCACAACUUCACGGAUGGACUUGCCAUUGGAGCCUCCUUCCUGGCCGGACAAAACAUUGGGAUCAUCACAACAAUCACAAUCUUCCUUCAUGAGAUCCCGCAUGAAAUUGGAGACUUUGCUAUCCUCAUACAGUCGGGAUGUUCAAAGAGAAAGGCCAUGAUGCUCCAGUUCUCCACGGCCAUCGGAGCCAUGCUGGGUACACUGAGCAGCCUUCUGAUGGAGGGCAUCAGCGACACAGCCACCGCCUGGAUCCUGCCCUUCACCGCCGGGGGCUUCAUCUACAUCGCCACCGUGUCCGUGAUCCCAGAGCUGCUGGAGGACACCAAGAUAGGGCAGAGCAUCAAGGAGAUCCUGGCCCUGCUCACCGGCGUCUUCAUGAUGGUGCUCAUCGCUCAGUACGAGUAGAUCUGUGGCGUCGCUGGCCUAGUGGUUAGGCUGCUGGACUCGUUAUCGUGAGGUUGCGGGUUCGGCGGUUCGAGCCUCGGGCGGG